AUGUCAAAAUUGAAACAACUUGGUCUGCUGAUAUGGAAGAAUUUCAAGCUUCAAAGAAAACGUCCGAUUGGAACCAUUUUUCAAUUAGGGUUGCCAUUCUCUGCGUCAUGCAUAUUCCUGGCCUUGCAAGUGUUCCUUGUCACUGCCAAAGAUUGCCCAGCCUUGGUUUGGAAUGAAUUCAAUGUAACCUCUCCACCACCUGCACUAAGAAGAUCAUUCUCUAUAGGCUUGGCUGCAAAUAAUGCUUCUCAACUGUCACAUGAGCUUUUCAACAACCUUACAUUUUAUCUUAAUGAACAUGCUUAUCUGGAUCAAAACAUCACUUUGCAAAUAUUUCCAAAUGAGGAUGACAUGGAAGACAACUUUUGCCUUGGCAAGAAUGGCCAUGGCUGGUUGACAAAGUAUGUUUUCCUGUGGUUUCAAAAUCCUGGACCAAGAAUUAAAGAUGAUUCCCAUGAAGGCAGUCCAGACUAUUAUAGCUCCCUCAGUUCAUAUAUUCAAUUUAUAAUCCCAGUCGUCAUAGAAAUUGCUUUUUUUUAUACUGCACUUGUGACUGUGCAUAAUAUUGUAUAUGAGAAGGAACAACAGCUAAAGGAAACUUUAAAAAUCAUCGGCGUCAAUAAUUGGCUUCAUUGGGUGGCGUGGUUUAUUCAUAGUUUUCUUAUUUAUCUCGUUGCAGUUGUCAUAAUGACGCUUCUUUUCACGAUAAAAUUGAACAGUAAUGGACGUGUUAUAGACAAAACAGCACCCACAAUAUUUUUCAUCUAUCUUUUGCUUUAUAUUACCUCUGGUAUUUUGUUUUGUUUCUUCGUAAGCGUUUUUUUCUCCAAAGCGAGCUCCGCUGCCAAAGUUGUUGGUGUAAUUUUGAGUAUUUCCUUCUUAUUAUUCUUCUGCAUAAUGCAAUACUACGACAAAAUACCAAAUCUUGGCAUGACUCUUGGAGCGAUUGUCGUCGGCAAGUUUGAAGGAUCCGGUAGCGGCGUUCAAUGGGAUAACCUUUUUCAUGGUGUUGAUGUGGACGACACGUUCUCCCUCGGGACUGUGUUCAUCAUGAUGAUUAUUAGUUGUGCCAUAUAUGGUAUGCUUACAUGGUAUAUUGAAAAUGUGUUCCCAGGACAGUAUGGUACUUCAAAACCUUUUUACUUCCCAUUCACCAAAAGCUACUGGUGUGGAAGCUUUGAAAAGGUAUCAAACGAUGAUGAAACCUUGCCAUUAUUAAGAAAUGCGGAAAAUUUCGAAACAUCGAAGAAGUUCGAAAGGGCUCCUCAAGGUCUGGAUGUGGGGAUUGACAUCAAAAAUUUAGUGAAGAUCUAUGACGGAGUAACAGGUAAAAAAGUCGCUGUAGACGAUGUUACACUAAAGAUAUUCGAGGGACAAAUUACAGUUGUUUUUGGUCAUAACGGAGCUGGUAAAAGUAGUUUGAUGUCUGUCCUUACCGGUUUUUAUUCUCCGAGUCAGGGAACUGCCGUUGUCAAUGGUUACGACAUUAGAACAAGCAUGGAUGGCGUACGGUCAAGUUUAGGUUUAUGUCCACAACAUGACGUUUUGUUCGAUCGACUGACUGUUAAGGAGCAUUUGUGGUUCUUCGGAAAACUAAAGGGUCUGUCUAGUGAUGAAAUCGAUAGCGAAGUGGUAAAAAUGAUGGAGUCCAUCAAACUCGCGGAUAAAGCUAACGCUCAAACUAGAUAUUUGUCUGGCGGGAUGAAACGCAAGCUAUCUUUAGGAGUAGCGUUGAUUGGAAAAACAAAGGUGUUAAUGCUUGACGAACCUACUUCCGGUAUGGAUCCAUCUGCCCGCAGGUUUACUUGGGAACUGCUUGAGAAGUAUCGUGACGGACGAACGAUCUUGCUGACGACACAUUCCAUGGACGAGGCCGACUUUUUAGGAGACCGCAUUGCGAUAAUGGCCGAGGGCAAAAUCCGUUGUUGUGGUAGUUCAUUUGUUUUUCGAUGCGCUGAACUGUCCUACAUCUUGCCUCGGGAAUCUUCGCGGAAUUUUUCCACGUUGUUCUCAGAACUGGAGACUCGACGAAAGGAGCUGGGAAUUGCUAGUUAUGGCGCUUCAAUGACAACCAUGGAACAAGUUUUUAUGAAAGUGGCAACGGAAUGUGACGACACGUUAAAUGAUAGACUCCAAGUGGAUGCAAUAAACGCUUCAGUAAGUACAGUGAAUGAUGAAGACACAUUAUAUGGACGCAACAACAGCAUGAUGCCAUUAACAAACACCAGAAAGCCACAGUUAAACUGCGGAAUAACCUUGUUUCUGCAGAGGUGGUGUGCUAUGUUCAAGAAACGCUUUCGUCAUUCGCGUCGACCUAAGAUGGCCAUAAUUCGUCAGCUUGUCGUGCCUCUUAUUUACACAAUGCUUGCUCUGAUUGUCAUUGACACGAUUCUUAAGCCCGAGGACUCUCCUCCCAGAAUUUUGACGACAGCUUUGUUUUAUGAUAACAUUGCACUUUACGCAAUUGUUGGAAACCCGAACAGGGAGAUAAAUGAUCUGGUUAAAAUGUACACACACUCGGCAAGCUCGUACACUAAGUUCGUUGAUAUCGACAAAGAUAGUGCUUUACCAAUAGCCAGGGCUUGGUUCAACGAUCAAGCUUAUCAUGCGAUAGCGGUGGCACUGAGUGCAGUGGACAACGCCAUUUUGAAAAACACUACCGGGAAUAAAAACAAAUUAAUCACAGUGACAAAUCAUCCUUUGCCGAGAACUACGAAGCAAAAAUCAAAUGAUUUAGAUGACAACAAUGUUGGUCUUAUUAUAGCUGCCUUUCUGCUGUUUGGCAUGCCGUUUCUUGCUUCAUAUUUUGUCGUGUUUGUCGUCCAGGAGCGAACGAACGGUGCAAAACAUGUGCAGUUCGUUAGCGGUGUUGAUCCCAUUAGCUACUGGACUGCUUCGUGGUUGUGGGACAUGGUAAAUUUCACACCUCUCUGUAUCGGCAUUGUUAUUUUGUUUGCAUGUUUUAACGUGCCUGCGUACACAGAAGGCUAUCGUCUUGGAAUAGUUUUCCUCGUUUUGAUGCUUUAUGGUUCAGCCAUCAUCCCGUUUAUGUAUCUCUUCUCGUUUCUCUUCAAAACGGCGUCGAAAGCUUUCAACUUAUUGACGUUGUUGAAUUUUGUAACUGGUCCUGUCGCCUUGCUUGUUGUGUUCUACAUUCAGAGUCUUGACUACCAUUACACUGUUGAUGUCCUUAACUGGACUUUUUUGGUACUCCCCAACUUUUGCCUCGGACAGUCGUUCUCCAAUAUUUUUGAGAAUUAUAACCGUAUCAGACUUUACAAUAUGUGCAUGGAAAAACAUGCGCCAGUGAUGUGCAUGCCUCAGAAAGCGAGGAUUCAGACGAAUUAUUUGGCUUUUGAAAAUCCUGGAAUUGGUCGAUUUCUCUUGGUGUUACCACUUGAAGGAAUCUUCUUCAUGCUUAUUAUUCUGUUCAUCGACUUCAACGCUAUUCGGUCGUUGCGAAGUUCCAUUAGAUCAGUGUACGUCGAUCCGUUUGACAGCAGUCAUCCAAACGGCGAUACGGAAGAUUCCGACGUGAUGGCGGAAAAACGACGAGUACUCAACGACGAAGUGAACGAAGACGUGGUUGUAGUGAAGGAUCUUACGAAAAUAUUUAAAGUUCCAGGUCGUCGAAGAUUUGCUGCAGUGGAUCACAUCAGCUUGGGAAUACCUUUAGGUGAAUGCUUCGGUCUCCUGGGAGUCAAUGGCGCUGGAAAAACUACAAUGUUUAAAAUGUUAACAGGCGAUGUGAUUCCAACUUCGGGUACCGCCGUCCUUGACUCUUGGGAUAUUCAGACUAAUUUAAGUCGGGUUCGUCAACGAACAGGCUAUUGUCCACAAUUUGAUGCUUUGAUCGAUUUUUUGACGGGACGGGAGAUGUUGCAAAUGUAUGCUGCACUUCGUGGAGUUCCCAAUCAUGUGAUCAAUCCAUUGAUCGAAGAUUUAAUGAGAUCAGUGUUGCUAACGGAACACGCUGAUAUGUUAACUAAAACAUACAGUGGUGGAAACAAACGCAAACUAAGUACAGCGAUAGCUUUGAUUGGCGAUCCACUCAUAGUUUUUCUCGACGAACCAACAACUGGAAUGGAUCCUGUUGCAAGACGACUGUUGUGGAACACUUUAUGUAGAGUCAGAGCCGAAGGUCGAUGCCUGAUGAUUACGUCACAUAGUAUGGAAGAAUGCGAGGCGUUGUGUACUCGGUUAGCAAUCAUGGCAAAUGGCAAAUUGCGCUUUCUUGGUAGCCCGCAACACCUGAAGAACAAAUUCGUUCAAGGAUUCACUUUGUUGGUAAACCCUCCAAGUGACACGCCCAGUAAUGACACGACCUUGGUAAAAGAAUUCGUGGCAGAGACGUUCCCAGGUAGUGUACUUCGAAACGAGCACAGUGGCUGGUUGAAUUACCACAUAGGCGACUCAAAAAGCUCUUGGUCUUCCCUGUUUGCGAUCUUAGAAGAUGCGCACAGCCGUUCUGUUAUCGGUAAUUAUUCUAUAAAGCAAACCACACUGGAUGAGAUAUUUUUAAAUUUUGCUCUCUCACAGGGAGGCUACGACGAUUAGAUGGUCGAUUAAUAUUGUCAUACAUGGGGCACUGUGACCAUUUAUUUUGAAUUAUAACGAAAUCUUUUUAUCGUGUUAAUGAUUGUUUUGUUGAUUUUAAUUUUUUCAAUCGCGCCUUGUAUACGCCAAUAAAUGUUGCAUACACCAAAAAGAAUUACCCGAAUGAAGUAAGCACGAUGCAGACCUAGAACCCAGUCUACUAGAUACCUGACUCCGCCAAAAUUUGUAGUUACGAGUUUGGCAAGCCGCCAUCUUGAAAGGUGGCAAAAUUGACGAUAUUUACGAGUAAAAUAUGCAUUUUUUGCAUUGAAACGCAGUUGCAGAAUUGAUAGUAUAGGUUUGGUUUUUAAAAAUUUUUUUUAAAUUUUCAGCUUAUUUUUGAUUGAGAGUGUUGGUUUUUGCCACCAUUCAAGAUGGCGUCCUUGUCUCAGGAUGUCACGUUCACAUCUUGGGGAUUGGGUUCUAAAUCAUUGAGUAUGACGUUAUCAAAUAAUGUCAAGAAACAUGCCAGGCUCUCUCACGUGACAUAUUCCAGAGCGAACUCGGGGGGCAUUCAAAAAACACACUGCGAUUCUUCAAUUGUAAAACUGUUAUAUAUUUCAUAAAAUAUUUUAUAAAACAUUAACAUGCCUUGUUACAUGAGCGAAAAUGUUUACAAAUCAACAAUUGUAUGGUUUAUCAAUGAAAAGUGAAUAAAUUUCUGCGGUUAUAAAUAUAAAA